AUGGAACUAGACACAGGAUCGGCCGUGUCCAUUUUGCCAUAUGACAUGUUCUUGGAAAGAUUUCGCGACAAGAAAUUAGAGAAAACAACCACCGUACUAAAGACCUAUACUGGUGAACUGAUCGUUCCAGUUGGUUGCCUUACCAUGCAAGUUGAAUACUUAGAUCAGUCAUGUCAAUUGCCAUUCCAUGUAGUCCAGAGUAAGGGUCCAGUGUUAAUGGGUCGAGAUUGGCUUCACAAGCUUCGCCUCGACUGGAAAACCAUUAAGUUGUUGAAAUCCUCAGAUUCCAGCCAUAGAAACCCUGGCACGACUACACAGGAGCAGCUGAAAAACCUAUUGGAUACGUAUGCAGAGGUUUUUGAAGACAAGCUGGGAACUUUCAAAUCUGCCAAAGCAAGGAUAACCCUCAAAGAAGGUAGUCAACCACAGUUUCGCAAAGCUCGUCAGGUCCCACAUUCCUUACGACCGAAAGUGGAGGAAGAACUGAAGAGACUUCAGAGCGUAUAUUGCUGAAAAUAGAGUGGAGUGAUUUUGUCGAAGGUAGAGUGGAUUUUGUCGAAAGUAGAGUGGAGUGAUUGGGCGACACCGAUUGUACCAGUGCCGAAACAAGAUGGUUCAGUCCGUAUUUGUGGUGACUUCAAAGGUACUAUUAACCCAACACUACAAGCAGAACAGUAUCCUCUGCCUGGAAUCGAAGAUAUCUUUGCCCAUUUAGCUGGUGGGAAAAAGUUUUCCAAGAUCGACCUCCGCCAAGCUUACCAUCAGAUUGAGCUGGAUGAAGAAUCCAAGAAGUACCUUACAAUUAAUACGUCCAUGGGCUUGUUUCAAUACAAUCGAUUGGUGUCUGGUAUUACCUCAGCUCCCGCCAUUUGGCAGCGUACCAUGGAUCAGAUUCUGGAAGGAACUUCUGGUAUUAGUUGUAUCCUAGAUGAUAUGAUUGUGACGGGUAAAAGUGACGCAGAGCAUAUGGCUAACCUGGAGGAGGUCCUUCGACGGCUGCACCACCAUGGGUUAAGAGUCAAUAAAUCGAAGUGUGAGUUCUUCAAAGAAAAGAUCACGUUCUGUGGCCACGACAUUAAUAGUGAAGGCCUGCACAAGACCACCGACAAGACAGCUGCAAUGGUGAAUGCCCCUCGCCCCCAGAGUGUUGCAGAGGUACGCUCCUUCCUGGGAUUGGUGAAUUAUUACCACAAAUUCCUGCCAAACCUUGCUACAAUCCUGCAUCCAUUGAACCAAAUGCUGGAAAGUAACUACCAAUGGAAUUGGACAGAUCAAUGCGAAGAAUCCUCUUGCAAAGUUAAAGCAAUGAUUGUUUCAGAUCUGGUGCUUACACAUUAUGAUCCUAACCUUCCCUUACAACUGGCUUGUGAUGCUUUACCUGUAGGAAUUGGAGCGGUACUGUCCCAUGUCAUGACAGACGGCACAGAGCGCCCGAUGGCGUUUGCAUCGAGAUCCCUGUCGCAGGCGAACCGCAACUACGCACAGAUAGAUAAAGAAGCACUGGCUACAGUGUGGGGAGUCAAGAAAUUCCACAAUUACCUUUUCGGUAGGAACUUUACCUUACUGACUGAUCAUGAGCCUCUCAUUUCAAUCUUUCAUCACAGCAAAAGCCUUCCUGUUGUCACUGCUGCUAGAUUACAACGCUACGCUUUGUUCUUGGCGGGUUUUGACUAUACAAUUAGAUACAAGAACACUAAGUUACACGGGAAUGUGGAUGGUUUGUCUCGAUUACCCUUGCAUAGUGAGACAACAGAAGAAGAGCCAGAUCCAGUGGACCUCUUCUAUGCCACGCAGUUUGAGCCUUUGCCAGUCACAGUAGAACAGGUCAAACGAGAAACACAGAGAGAUCCUCUAUUGGUGAAGGUCCAUGAGUUGGUUAUGAAAGGAUGGUCCACCCCACAAGAUGAAGCGAUUAAACCGUUUUACCAGCGGAAAUACGAACUGACAGUUCAAUGUGGUGUCCUAAUGCUUGGACACAGAGCAGUCAUUCCUGCAAAGUUACGUAAUAAAGUGUUAACCGAGCUUCACGAAGGUCACCUCGGUAUUGUUAAAAUGAAGUCUCUGGCGCGAAGUUACAUCUGUUGGUCCAAAAUUGAUAAGGACAUUGAGCACCUAGCCAAGAGCUGCCCUGGUUGUCAACUUCAACAGAAUGAAGCCGGCAAAGUACCACUACACCCUUGGGAAUGGCCAACCACACCUUGGCAGAGAAUCCAUUUAGAUUUUGCUGGGCCGUUCCUAGGACGAAUGUUCCUUAUCAUUGUAGAUGCACACUCGAAGUGGCCUGAAGUGGAAAUAAUGCCAUCCACCACAUCGACGCAGACCAUUGACCGACUCCGAACUAUUUUUGCCCGAUAUGGAGUGCCAGCACAGGUGGUGACCGACAAUGGUCCACAAUUUACAUCCGCAGAGUUCCAACUAUUUUGGAAGACUAAUGGUAUCAAGCAUAUUACCACGGCCCCAUUCCACCCUGCAACCAACGGUCAAGCGGAACGUUUUGUUCAGAGUUUCAAACAUGCUAUGAAAUGCGAGAAACAAAGUUCCUUUUGGCUUACCGGAAUACCCCGCAUUCGACGACUGGAGAAUCACCGUCCGUGUUGUUUUUGGGCAGACCGCUACGGACUCGCCUCGAUUUGGUGAAACCUGAUUUACCAAGGAAAGUGAUGAACAGGCAAAUCGAUCAAGCGGGGAGGAAAGGACAUUCCCCCACACGUCAGUUAUCCAUCGGUCAGACUGUCAUGGCACGUAACUACAGUCGGAAAGACAAGUGGCUACCAGGCAUAGUUCGAGCUCAAACGGGACCCCUUUCGUACGAGAUAAAAGUUAGUCCAAAUCGAAUUUGGCGACGUCACAUCGACCAGCUUCGAGCCUCGAGUGUGAAAGUAAAUGACCAGAGUGAUGAUACGGCUGAACCUCAUCCAGAGCUCGGAGAGACUGGCCAGAAUAUUGCACCAGCAGAAUAA